AAUUGUAUAAAACAAUCAGAAACUGGUUGUACUGAACAAAGAUGUGUUGGUCGGCCUUCGCUCUAAUUAUGAUAAACCGGAACAAAUGAAAGAGUUGUUUAGAAGACUCCAAAAUGUUGACAGUGUUUUGCAAAGAAUGUCAAUCAUUGGAGUGAUUAUAUGCUUCCGAAGUCUGGCUCAGGACGCGCUCAACGAUGUACUCGGAGAACGUAUACCAUUCCUCUUGAGUUCUAUUAAUGACUUUAAACACCACGUUAUGAAUGGGGAUUCAAUGAUCGUGAGUGAAAUGGCGAGUGCGACGGGUCUUCCCUGCAAAGUAGAUCCGGCUUUAGUCAGUGCUCUUCGAUCACAGAAAUGCGAAUUAGGAGAAGACGAGUACCAAAUGGCGUGUCUUCUAAUGGUAUUCAUAGCGGUAUCGCUGCCAAAGUUGGCCAGAAAUGAGGCGUCUUAUUACAAACCUUCACUGGAAGCGCACGCCAAUAACGUCCACUGUCUCGCCCACGCCAUCAACGGUAUCGCCGGCGCCCUCUUCACUAUCUGUGGCGUCAAUGAUAUUGAAGAGCGUCUUAAGGAGUUUUUAGCGCUCGCGUCGUCGAGUUUGUUGCGUUUAGGACACGAACCCGACAAAGAGUUGGUCAGGAAUAGGGAAUCCAUAUAUCUGUUACUCGAUAUGAUAGUACAGGAGAGUCCGUUCCUCACAAUGGAUCUCUUGGAGUCCUGUUUUCCAUACGCUUUACUCCGAAACGCUUAUCACGCGGUCUAUAAGUCGGACGGAACAGCGCUCGUCAUCUAAAUCUUCCAUUUUAUUACUAAUAUAUCAACUUUUUAUAUAUAAAUAUAUAUUUAAUAAUCGUUUUUAGCGUUUUUUGUAAGCAUUUUGUUAAAAAUUUAUUUUCAAUUUCAUUAAUUGUAUCCUUUUUUAAGUUAUAAAUUAUUGUAUAAAAUGGAUUAAUAUUUAUACCAAUCAUUCAACUACUUUAUGGACGGGAUAUACAGUUAAACCCUUCUUAUACUUAACGAUAUCAUUAAUAAAAUUAUGUUUUUCAUCGAUA